CUUAACCUCUCUAUUUGGACAAGUGAUUGAGUCCCUUUUCUAUAGUGUAACCCCGCCCAAACUCAAGAAGAGCCGGCACAACAGGUCGCUCAGUUGACACUGACAGUCACGGUUACUGAGGGCAAAAAUGCGUAAGUUUUAUACACAGAUUUAUUCUUUAUGUUGACAUGUAACUCAGUCAUUUUUUAAAAUGGUAUGUGAGGAGAGGAGCUACAUUCAAAGGCAUUAAAGCCUGCACUGGCUGCCAUUGCCAUUCACAGUCACCAUGUCAAGUGGAGUUUUGGGUCGGUUAGGUUCACUUACAUUGAGCAUACAGCGGCUGGGUAAUUUACCACGCCUGUCAAGCUGGUUACCCUCUCUUCCCUCACCCCAGGCCACCGUGCUCGCCUCCGAUGUGCCCAGCCUCUUCCGCGAGCCCUAUAUCCUGUCAGGCUACCGUCCUGUCAAUCAGGACUUGAGGAACUACUUCUCUAGUCUCUUCCAGCGCCACAAUGAGUUGCUCAAUGUGUGGACACACCUGCUGGUAAUCCCUGCCGUCCUACUACACUUUUCAGUCUUUGCGUGGACGUGGGAGCUGACUCUGAACGUGGCCUCUCUGCCGCUUUUUUUGUACACGUUGUCCUCACUUGGCUAUCUAACCUGCAGCGUGGCCGCCCACCUGCUCCAGUCGCACUCCGAGCUGACUCAUUACUCCCUCUUCUUUCUGGACUACAUCGGAGUGGCGGUUUACCAAUAUGGCUGUUCGUUAGGCCACUACUUUUAUUGUUCCGAGCCUGAAUGGAGACGGAGCUCGUUGGGCAACGUGUUCCUGCCGGGUGCCGCGGUGCUCGCCUGCCUGUCUUGUGCUAGCUGCUGCUUCGCCAAAUUCCGUUAUAGACGUCCGUACCCAUUCUGCAGGAAGAUCUGUCAGAUCGUUCCCACCAGCCUGGCAUACAUAUUAGACAUCAGCCCCGUAGCUCACCGUCUAGCCAACAGAUCUUGGGAUGAGCCAGCGUUAACCUUUCACACUCUACAAGUCGGGUUUUUUUUGUUAGCAGCUCUGUUUUUUUCUUUCCCUAUUCCAGAGAGCUUCUUUCCAGGGAAAUGUGACAUAGUGGGCCAUGGUCAUCAGAUCUUCCACAUAUUCCUGGCCAUGAGUACUGUUUGUCAGAUGGAGGCAAUGGUUAAAGACUUUAUGGUGCACCAGCGGUCUGUUGUUGACUUGCAUGGAGAACACUUUAUCUUAAUGGCUGGAGGGUCUUUCUUUCUGUUGGUGUUGUGCAAUGUUAUGACAGCAGCUCUCAUGAGGAGAGCCGUGCAGAAGCAGCUGAAGAGAAAAGUACCUGACUGAAGAAAAUACUAAAGGGUUGGACUUACCGUUUUGCUUGGUUUACAUUUUCAGACAGAUGUAUUUUUUAUUAGGGAACUCAUAAACUUUAUUUAUACACAAGAACCAUUUCUGAUCAUACGAUUUAUUUCAGUGGUCAUUAAUAGCAUGUUUAUUAUCAGAACUUUGAUAAUGAUUCUUUCUUUAGAUUUGCAAAUCUCAAUGAUAAUUACAUUUUGAAAUCCCAGAUAUUUGAUCUCAUGCUUUGGAGAAACAUUUCACUUACUAAAUAUCAAAAACACUGUAAAGAAUUUUCUGCUGCAUUAGUUUUUUUAAAAUACAGUCAAGUUGGCUUUACAAGUCAAUUCAACUUACUAUUUUAAAUUUGUCCAGUGGUGAGUUGCUGCAACUUAUGAUAAUACGUUUAAAUUGCUUAAUUAAAUUGAUGUAAUGAAUUAAUUUAAAAUAUUACAAAUUUCCAAGUAUUAAGUUGACUUUUGCAUGAAAAAUGUAAGCGAGCACUUAUGCUAAGUGGGUUUUUCCACAAAUGUCUUCACAGUUCAGGAUAAUUGACCACUUUGCCAACAUUCCUUUGAGAUUCAAUACUGUGAGUUUGCAUAAGUGGCCUGUUUACUUGAAAACAGUUUGGAGUCCAGGACAGUAUGCCAGAUACAUUCAAGUUAAGGAGGAAAGCUGGAUUUGAUCCAAACAUCAACGAUGGGGGAUGUGAAGAACAAAGAAGUUACUUUAAUUUUGCACCCAGUAUGAUCUAAUUCUAAUGUCAGCAGAUUUGUUUUACAGGAAUUGGUGUUGUGGUUCAGGAACAGAUCAACUCCUAUUUGCUCAGGAACAUGCUCUUCUCUCUUCAAAAAUACCAACUACUAAACAAAACUUUCUACUUUCCUCCGAACUAAAACAAACUUUGUUAUCAGUAAUAAAUUAUGUUUUCAAAUGUAUAUACCUGCUUACUGUAUGAUGAAAUUUAUUUUAUUUAGCAAAUCAAAUCAUUUCAACCUCAAUGGAGUAGAAAUAUCAGAUGAAUCCAUGUACAUUUAUACCUUUGGUACCUUGUACCUCGUGUACCUCUAUAUAUUAAAUGUGUUACAAUAAAAUACUGAAGUAAUAAAAGUG